AUGGUAUUCCAGAAAGAGCAACUUGAUAUUUACUUGGUGCCUAGUGGAUUGCUCAUAAUGUUUGCUUACCAUUUCUUUCUUCUACAAAGAUACAUCAAGAAUCCACACACCACAGUCUUUGGCUUUGAGAACAAUGACAAAAUAGCUUGGGUUCAAAAAAUCAUGCAGACCGAAAAUCGGGAUGUUCAGACAGCCUUAGAUGUUCUAUCAUCAAAUAAUUCAGGAGCAACAUUCUUGGCAACUGUCUGUUUAACUAUGAGCUCUCUAAUUGGAGCAUGGAUGGCAAAUAGUUCAACUAUUUUUAUGAGUGAAUUGAUAUAUGGUGAUACAAGGCCAGCCACGAUGUCUAUUAAGUACAUAAGCCUUCUUGUUUUUUUCUUGGUGGCAUUUUCAUGUUUUGUUCAAUCAUCAAGAUGUUUCAUCCAUGCAAAUUACCUAAUUAGUAUACCAAAUAGUGAAGUACCUUCAAGCUAUGUGGAACUGGCUGUGAUAAGGGGAAGUGAUUUUUGGUCUAUUGGUCUUAGAGCUCUUUAUUUUGCUAUCACUUUGUUGUUAUGGUUUUUUGGUCCAAUUCCCAUGUUUGUUGCUUCAAUUGGGAUGGUUUUUCUUCUUAAUUAUCUUGACACCAACAAGAGUCCAUUGCUACAACAUUCUUCCUGCUAACAUAGAGGAAAGGCUGUUACUUGUCAGGUCAAUUUGUAAAAAAUUUGAAUUUUAAAGUAAUAUCAGCAAUAUGAGCUAAAGCUUCAUUUAGUUUGGAUAAAUAGCUCAUGAAUAU